UAGCUAAGAGAUGGCCGCCGACCACCAGCUGAUUGCAACCUUUCCGUCGGAUCAAGUGGUGGUUGUAAUGGUGCCUUUCGUCGCACAAGGUCACCUUAACCAGCUCCUCCACCUCUCCCACCUCAUCUCCGCCUACCACCUGCCACUCCACUUUGUCUGCACCACCAAUCACCUCCGCCACCGCACUUCCAACCUACGUUCCGCCGGCGACAUUCACUUCCAUGAAUUCCCAACCCCUCCCUUCACUUCCCCUCUUCCAGACCCUUCCAUCCCGUUUCCAACCCACCUCCAACCCUCCAUUGACUCCACCCUCCAUCUCCGCCGCCCUGUCGCCGCCCUCCUCCGUUCUCUCUCACACACAGUUAAGAGAAUCGUCGUCGUACAUGACAUCCUCAUGUCUUACGUCGUUCAAGACGCGGAGUUCAUUCCAAACGCCGAGACUUACGUCUUCCAUCCGCCGUCAGCUUUCUACAGAUGUUGCAGCCACUGGGAGAAGACCGGCGAACCUUUUCCCAUCGAUCCAGAAUCGUUGAAUCGGCUUCCUUCUCAAGAUGGAAUUCUCAGCCCCGAAUUCUUGAAGUUCGUGAUGCUUCAACGAUCCCACUUGAAUUUUCACGUCGGAGAGUUAUACGAUUCAUCUAGAGUGAUCGAAGGCCAAUUUAUUGAACAUCUAGAGAGAGAGGAGAUCUCCGGGAAAACGAAGAUAUGGGCACCAGGACCGUUUAAUCUGGUCCAGCUAGCAUCUGAUGCGACGGUUUUGGAAAAUCGUCACAAAUGCUUGCAAUGGCUUGACAAUCAACCUGAUAAUUCGGUUAUAUAUGUAUCUUUUGGGACGACAACAACCUUUAGCAACGACCAAAUAAGGGAACUGGCUAUCGGGUUAGAGAGAAGCAAACAAAGGUUUAUUUGGGUGGUUCGAGCCGCAGACACAGGGGAUGUGUCUGGGUUAACGGACCGGAUAAUCGAGUUGCCGAACGGGUUCGAAGGAAGAGUGAAGGAGAGGGGAUUCAUCGAGCGGGGUUGGGCCCCACAACUCGACAUUUUGAGACAUUUUGCAACGGGUGGGUUUAUGAGUCAUUGCGGAUGGAAUUCGAGCAUGGAAAGUAUAUCGAUGGGGGUGCCAAUGACGACAUGGCCAAUGCACUCGGAUCAACCUAGAAAUGCAUUUUUGAUCACAAAUAUUCUUAGAAUUGGUGUGGCGAUGAAGGAUUGGGAGCGUAGAAAGGAGUUGGUGACGGCGGUGGUCGUGGAAGAGGCCGUAAGGACCUUAAUGUGUUCGAAGGAAGGUGAGGAGAUGCGGCGUAGAGCGGCCGAAUUGGGCCGCGAAGUCAAGAGAGCAACGGCGAAAGGUGGUAUAAGUCGUAACGAGAUGGAUUCUUUCAUUUCGUAUAUCUCUAGAGAGUAAAAACAGAUAUAUCGUCAGUAUCCCUUGGGUACGUAUGUUUGUUUUUGGAUUUUCGCCAAAUUAUAAAGCGUUAUGAAUUUGAUACAUAAAAAUAAUGUAUUAACGAGGAACAACAACAUCAUUAUGGAUUUUUUUGACUAUUCGAUUCUCUUUAGGGUACGUUUGGUUUGAAGGUGUUGAGGACAUGUUUAGUAUGCAAGAUUGUCUGGAUUUGAAAUCCCAGGAUUAUGUUGAAAUGGCUCACUCAUAAGAUUUUGAAA